GCUUCCAAGCGUUCAUACUGCAGUGAGUCUUCGUCGCGAGCGGACACACUUUUCCCGAGUCCCGAGUUCGAGUUCCCGACACUUCCAACUAGACACCUUAACAGCGGACACACAAACACACACUGAUUACUCCACACAUGGACCGCACCACUUAACCACUUUACCCCACACCAAGCCACUUCCGGUUCACACACUUUUGGUAACCAAAAAAACACGACCUUCACACCAUCAAUCCAUUCAUUCACGGCAAAUUGCCAAUUUCACACUUCAUUCAAGAAUAGCAGCAUAAUUCGGGAAAAACGUCAAUCAUCCGUUUUGGAAGUGAGUGAGUUUCUCCAAGCUACUCGGGCUUAAAAAAUGAACGUAAACAAUUAACCGCGAUUUCGGAAAGUGAGCAAAUCGAUGUGAUUAUCGGUCGAUUAUUCAGCAUCCGGAAGAAUUUCCCAGAAGCAGCAUCAUCUGGUUUGGUCUGAUCCUGGUCUGGUGUGUUGCCAUCAAUUAAUUUAGUCGUGCGUGAUCGGGAUUCGAAACAUCUUCUGCUUCACCGUAUCAUCCUGGGAUUAUUAUUAACGGUGCAGCUUGAAGUCGACAAUCGUGUUGUCGUCGUGAGGUCGUGACGUGACGUGUGCCUCCCUCCUCCGGGAAGGAUUCGUGUGAGUGACCGAGCGUGAAGGAACGUGCCAAUAGGUUUUCGGAAUUUCUGGGAAUUUGUUGCUGAUGCUGCUGAUAUUGCUGCCUAAUGCAGAAGCAGGGAUCUGUUGAAUGAAUCGUCAAGCCAGCCAUUUGUGUUGAGUGGCCGGCCAUCCCGGGAAAAUAAAAAGGAUAAUUAAGAGUGUCUUAAACUUAUUGCCAAAUAAAACAAAGGACGAACGACAAGAAGGAAGACGAUUCGUUUUUUUUCGGUACCAGGACAGUGGACACAAGUUUGGGAUAUUCUUCCUUCUGUUUUCUGCUGCAAGGAUCUCUCGGCAGUCCUUCCUCGCUAACUAGCUGCCACCAUCGCCGAAAUUAGUGAGGACUGGCAGCAAGACAAAAAAUACGAGAAAGCUGUUCCAGUACCUACCGAAAGUAUCUGUCCCAUAUCCCUUAUAAUCACCGGGGGUCGAAGUUUUCCGGAGGAAAGCACACAUUAGUAGCAUCAUCAUCAUCAACGUCGUCGUCCUCGUCUUGGUCCUCAUCUUAGUCUUAGUCUUAGACGAAGAAGACGACGUCGUUAUCGUCGCAGCAGCAUCUCUGCCGAGCUUGUAUUUCAUCGUGCGGAACUUCCACCGGGAGAAGGAGGAGACAAACUGACCCUAGGGAAAUUUAUUACCGUCGUCGCCUGUGGCUAAGAAGAAGAAGAAGGGAGGAGAGGUCUUAGGAAAGAAAAGCCGGGGCUCCAGAAGAGAAAAGAUCAACACAAACAACAAGUUAAGCAGCUGGGAAAAUCAUCAAAAAAAAAUAUGGAUAACACCGGGCAUAAGAAGAAUACUGUCUCAGAGUUUAGCUACAUGCUUCAGCGACAGGGAAGUGAUGAUUCGGCCGAAGCAGCAGCAUUCGAUGAUAUCAACUCGUUGGUAAAGCAGAACAAUCAGCAGGGCACGACGGACGAUGAAGCACUUUCUUCGCUCCCGCAGGCAUCCUUCAAUUACAUCAACUCGAUUGUCGGAAGUGGCGUAAUUGGCAUUCCCUACGCGCUCCACCGGGCCGGAUUCGGGCUGGGACUCUUCCUGCUGGUUACCGUCGCCGUGAUAACGGACUACUCGCUCAUUCUGAUGGUACGAUGCGGCCACCUCAGUGGAAGAUUCAGCUAUCCCGGAGUGAUGGAGGCCGCCUACGGGAAAGGUGGCUACUAUCUGCUAUCGCUGCUCCAGUUUAUGUAUCCUUUUCUCGCGAUGAUUUCCUACAACGUGGUCGUCGGAGAUACUCUGUCAAAGGUCCUAGUUCGCUUCGUUCCGUCCUGGGGCAACUCGAUGCUGGCCGUCCGUUUCGGGGUAGUUUUCGUGGUCACAGUCACAGUAAUUAUCCCACUCUGUCUGUAUAAAAAUGUGUCCCGGUUGGCCAAAGUCAGCUUCCUCAGCCUGGCAUGUGUAGUCGUCAUUCUACUGGCUGUUGUUUACAAACUGAUCGGCGGGGAUUAUGCUGUCGUGCCCGAUACUCCAGAAUCCUGGCGGUUUGCUCACAGCGAUCUGAUUCCGGCCGUCGGCAUAAUGGCGUUCGCUUUUAUGUGUCAUCACAACACAUUCCUGGUGUACCAAUCGAUGCGGGACGCCACCCUGGAGCGCUGGGAAAAGGUUACCCAUCUGUCGGUCGGAUUCGCCUGGCUGGUGGCCACUUUGUUUGGCAUUGCCGGGUACUGCACUUUUCGGGCGCUCUCGCAAGGCGACCUGCUGGAGAACUACUGCUGGGACGACGAUCUGAUGAACUUUGCCCGGGUGCUGUUCUCGAUUUCGAUCCUGCUGACGUUCCCCAUCGAGUGUUUCGUGUCCCGGGAAAUCGUGCGGACCCAGAUCAAACGGUUCUACUCGCAGGAGGUGGUGGUGCAGUACGAUGCCGACAAGGAUCCGGCCCACGCGACCGGAAGCGACGAGGACGAAAAGUCGGUGGCCACAACGUUGGCGAUUGUGUUUGCCGCCUUCAUCAUUUCGCCCUAUACCGAGUGUUUGGGACCGGUGCUGGAGCUGAAUGGUCUUCUGGCGGCCAUUCCCCUUGCGUACAUCCUUCCCGGGCUGGCCUACAUCCAACUGAGUCCCCAUUCGCUGUUUAGCCAGGAAAAGCUUCCGGCCGCUGGUCUGGUCGUAUUCGGAACUAUAGUGACGAUUUCCGGAGCCGCCCUGCUGAUGCCAAAUCUGAUCGGUGACUGUCGAACCGGUACCAUCAUGGGAUACUGCCGAGAGGACGAACUGGCCAUGAAUGCAAGCUCCCUGGCUGCGCGAGCCCUGGCCAUGACCCAACAGUUAACUACGCCGCCAUGUUAAAGCGAUCAAAUAUAAAUGAGUGCAGCUAUAAGUUCCAAAGUAUUGUUUUGAAAAUAUAAUAAAGAAUAAAAUUAUUGCUUAGCAUUAUUUUUUUUUAGAAUCUUUGUAAAUUUUAAAUCAGGAAGAAGGAGUAAUAAACUUUUUAAUUUUAUUUUUAGAACGGAUGAUUGCCUAAAAGUCUUUCAAAUCAAAACACUAUUUAUACAGGAAAUCUUUUUUCUAUACAUUUUUCAUAUUUUCCAAACAAUAUUUUCCUUGAACAUAAAUGAAAAAUUCAUAAAGGAAAAAACUACACAAAAUACAAACACGAUUUCCUAGCUUUCUGUACCUGUUUCGUAUACAGCCAACUGUUAUACACUUUCAAAACUGAACUUAAAUGCACAUUUCACAUUGAAAUGAGUUGAUUUUAUUGCUGAUCUUACUAUCUCAUUACAGGAGUAAACUUUUACGAGCCUACAUAGACAGACAACUGAUUUAGGGAAAUGAAUUUGUGAACAUUUUGAACACCAUUUUUGUAACGGCCUCGAGUCUCAUUUACAUGAAUACAACUUUCAGUCACACAAUCAAUCAAACAAACAAACAAAAUAAUGGGCAGAUGCUUUUUCGUACCAAAUAUGAAGUCUUUCAAGCCAACAAAAAUGAUAAAAAACUAUUACACUUAAACACGUUUUAUUGAGGGUAAGUUCGAGUCAUUCGUCAUGUAGAGGAAAAGCGAAAAAUGAUUAAACUAUUCAGUCGCCAAAGUGAAGUGAAAUCAAAUCCGACCAAUCAGACACUUUCAGUCGAAAUCUUGAGGGAACACAUCAUUAAGUCAUAUCAUUUUAAGAAGGCAAAAGCAUGGAAUGCUCUCGUUGGAAAGAGACCAGAAAAACGUUUUGAAAGGAAACAAAUAUAAACUAACUGUAAACACACAUAUUCCAAUCGUUCCAAUAUGAUACUCUAAAAAAAUAAAAACAGAAACGAUCACAGCAAAGAUGAAUCGUUUCAACUAAUCACCGAACCAAGAUACUGAACUAGCAAUGUAAUAUUUACAGAGAAAUACCCCAUUAUAUACUGAUCUCAAAUAAUAUUUAAAGAUGAAAACAACUGUUAUACUAUAAAAAAAAUUUAAACUUACGAUUGAAAAUCAAAAGCACUGAUGUCGUUAUGCACCCGCCUAAAAUUAGAUUCAGAAAACAAAAUGUAACUCUCACUUGAAACAUAACAUACCAAUGAAAAGCGCCUACCCUUAGGCAAUGAAGUAACGGUCAUCAGUAUUAGAAAAAAAAAGUCAGCUAAAUUCGUUUAUUCCAUACCCAUCCAUGCUCAUUUCACUGAUCUAGUAGAAUAAAGGAAUUACUUACAACCGGAAGGUGUCAGCUGAUGAUGAUUGUGUGUAGAAAAUAGUCAAAUAUAUUUCAAUUGUUAAAUUUGAAGCAGUAAAACAAAAUUCGUAACAGCGAUGCUAACGUGUUGAAAAGAGCAAUGGAUUCGAAAGUGAAGAGGGGCUCGAAAGUUGAUUCGACCCAUAAAACAAUGUUGAUAGAGAUAUAAAAUUAAAUGCUGGCAAAAUAAAAUUAGAAACGGCAAAGACUUUCAUCUAUCAAAAUGAGCGAUAAACCAAAAAAUAUAUUGUAAAAUACAAACUGAUGAGAAUAAAGUGAAACGUAGCCAA